UAAAAUAAAAGCAAACGUAAAAGCAUUAAUCAUUUCCUCUCAGAGAAAUAACAAAAUUGCAUGAACAGCUUAAUUAAUCGACAUUCUUUUGAAUUUUUUCGAAAUUAAUUCCCAACAAAUCGUAGACAUAAAUUCUCACUGAAACAAUGCCAGCGGAAACAAAAACCGCACCCACCGCUGGUCCAGAGGCCGAUACACCAACUAAGGCCAAAAAACCGGUUGCUUCAUCAUCGAGAGCUGCUUUAGCACGUGUCACAUUGCUUGAUGGCUCCAUACUUGAUGUAAAUAUUGAUCGCAAAGUCAAGGGACGUGAUUUGUUGAACACCAUUUGUGCUGGUCUUAACAUUGUAGAAAAGGAUUACUUCGGUCUCUUAUAUGAGACAUCUGUAGAUCCACGUGUUUGGUUAGAUUUGGAAAAACCAGUCGCAAAAUUUUUCCGCACUGAUCCUUGGAUAUUACAGUUUGCGGUUAAAUUUUACCCACCAGAACCAUCACAACUACAGGAGGAUAUUACUCGUUAUCAUUUGUGUUUACAAGUUCGUAAUGAUAUACUGGAAGGACGUUUACCAUGCAGUAUUGUUACACAUACUUUGCUGGGUUCUUAUUUGGUACAAUCUGAGAUGGGCGAUUAUGAUCCAAAAGAGAUGUCCAAUGCAAACUAUUUAAAAGAUUUUAAAAUUGCACCAGAUCAAACUCCAGAGUUAGAGCAGAAAGUAAUGGAACUUCAUAAGACACAUAAAGGCCAAUCUCCAGCUGAGGCUGAGCUGAAUUAUUUAGAAAAUGCUAAGAAACUUGCUAUGUAUGGUGUUGAUUUGCAUCCAGCAAAAGAUUCGGAAGGUGUGGACAUAAUGCUCGGUGUUUGUGCUAGCGGUUUAUUAGUUUAUCGGGACAAACUUCGUAUCAAUCGCUUUGCUUGGCCUAAGAUUUUAAAAAUAUCUUAUAAGCGCCACCAUUUCUAUAUUAAAAUUCGACCUGGUGAGUUUGAGCAAUAUGAAUCUACAAUUGGCUUUAAGUUAGCUAAUCAUCGCGCUGCUAAAAAAUUAUGGAAGUCAUGUGUAGAACAUCAUACAUUCUUCCGCCUGAUGACACCAGAACCUCAAAACAAGUCGACCCUAUUCCCACGUUUUGGAUCCAAGUAUAGGUACUCUGGUCGCACUAUGUACGAAAGUAAGAAAAAUCCCGUUGAUCGUGCUGCACCCAAGUUCGAUCGAAGUUUGUCUGGUAGACGUUUGACUUCCAGAAGUAUGGAUGCUUUAGCAUUAGAUGAAAAAGAGAAAGAUGCCCAAAAACGUCAUACGAUGGGACAUCCUCCAGAGCAUAUACCUGAUUUAGACUCAUCACGUAGUCGCAGUCCAUUGAAGAAGGACAAAAAAGAAAAGUUAAUACGUGAAUCGAGCACUGGUACUGGUUCAGCCUCUUCCCAGAGUUCAAUUGAGGGUGAUUACGAGGCCGGCGAUGCCGAAGCCGGUGCUGCUGUUGCUGAAGAAGCUUCAGCAGUAGCCUACAUUAGUGAUGUGCAGGUCGGCGCUGGUGUGGAUGCUGAUAAGGAAGUUAAGCUAAAGGAGAAAAAACAAAAGGAAAAAGAAGAGAAGGAGCGAAAAGAGCGCGAAAAGAAGGAAAAAGAGUUAAAGGAUAAAGCGGACAAAGCAGCUAAAGCCGCUGCUGCCGCUGCUGCCGCUGCUGCCGCCGCAGAAGGUAUCAAUGGAAAUGAUGACUUGAAUGAUUCUAAUAAAUCUGAUAAAUCUGGAAAGGGACGUGGUGGUGGUCUAUUUUCGUCUGGCCGUAGGAGCAAAAGUGGUUCACCAGCUAAAGAUACAAAAGAAAAGUCUUCUAAAGACAAAGAUGGUAAAGAUAAGCCUGGCAGAGGCGAACUUACACUUGUUUCUACUAGUGGUAUUGGUGAUCAGGAUAACAAUGAUAAGAAUCGUGCAUCUAACACUCCCAGUCAUACUCGUCCGUAUGAGUACGUAGAAGGCAACGGUGAAACUAGCCCGACACGUAAAUCAUAUAUACCUGGUGGUUUCCGUUAUGAUCAAGAUCCAAACGGUGCUAAACGUGGACAAGAGGGACAAGAGCAAUUAUCGCCAACAUCUGAACAAAAGAAAAUUGGACUUGCUUUUAGUUAUGCGCCUGGUAAUGAAGACGCAUUAAAGAAAACCGCUGAGAAAUUGAAAUCUGGUCAAUUAUCUCCUAGAACACGUGAAAAAAUUAACAAAGGACAAUUGUCACCCACUACAAAAGCAAAAUUAUUAAAGGAUGCAAAUUUGUCUCCAACUACGCGUGCUAAGUUGCAAGGUAGUGCAGUAGAUGCUGCCGCUUCACCACUAAGCGAUGCACAAAAACGUUCUUAUUCGCCUACAAAGGGUUAUGGCUAUAGUUCAGGGGCUCCAGGUAGUUAUAAACCAUUAACUGAUCCAACCGCCGCUUUUCUUGAAUCACAACGUUAUAACAAGGAACCUGGUUCCGUUUCUCCAGAUAAAGACGGAUAUGGUAUUGGUGUUGCACCCGGUGUUGUUGGUGCUGGUAGAGAUGGCAAGGCAGCUGGAACUCCUGGUACGCCUAGUAAAUCAGGUGCUGGUUUUCCAAGCGUUGGCGCUGGUGCAGCCGCAGGCAAGCCAAAGAAAAAACGUGUUAAGAUAAUGGUUAUUACGUCGAAAUUCGAUCCAACUACUAAACGUAUUGAUGCAGAAAAUGGACAGAUUGAACACUCUACUGGCAUACUUGACCCAAAGACAGGUCUAAUUGAUACCAAAUAUGGUUUGAUCGAUCCUAAAAAAGGAACACUAACCGCGCUUAGCACUAAAACUGGACAAAACGAAACACAUCAAGGAGAAGUUGAUCCCAAAACCGGUAAUGUACAUUUGGUCACCGGUGUUGCCGAUCCAAAUACAGGCCGCUCUGAUGACUCAUUGGGUCAAAUAAUAUGUAUUACUCCCCAAGAUGAUCCUGUCGUUGAGCUUACUGUUAUUACUAGUCGCAUAGAUCCUGCAACAGGAAAGGUUGAUACAGUAAACGGAGAAGUUGAACGUUCAUUAGGUGUACUGAAUACCGAUACCGGAUUGCUGGAUACCAAAUAUGGCGAAAUUAACCUUAAAACUGGCGAACUUAAAGCUAUAGAUCCAAAAACUGGUAAAAUUGUUGUGUCUAAAAAUGUUAAAGUUGAUCCAGCCACAGGUCAGAUCACUAUUUUGGGUAUAACGGAUCCAAAAACAGGCAAGGUUGAUCCUACCCAAGGACGUAUUAUCGAAGUGGGACAACAAAUUGAUCCAAUUGUUGAAGUUACAUCCUUAUCAGGUAAAUACGACGCAAAGAAAAAUGUUAUUGAUCCAAAAACUGCUCAAGUUGAAACGUCUGGUGGUCAGUUUGAUCCUAAAGCUGGAAAAAUUGAUACUAAAUACGGACAAAUAGAUUUGGUUAAACACACAAUAACCUUCACUGAUCCAAAAACUGGUAAAACUGUUACACGUGACAUUAAAAUUGAUCCUGCAACUGGUCAAAUUGUGCUUAAGAACCAAAUUAAUCCCAAGAAUAACAAACCAGACAAGGAUUAUGCGCGAGUUAUAUCAUUGCGUAUUGUACAGCAGCGUGUGGAUCCCAAAACAAAGGCACCUAUUGCACACGUUAGCUCAGCUAAAGACAAAGAAAUCGUGGUUGAUCCUAAAUCUAAUCAAAUUUGGGUACCAACUGGUGCUACUGAUCCAAACACUAAAGAACUACAGUACAUCUCCAGCAGCGUUGAUCCUAAGACCGGCUAUGUCAUCACUAUAUAUGGUUAUCUUGAUCCCAAAACCAAUGAAGUUAAAAAACAAACCAAACUUGAUCCUAAUACAAUCAAAAUUGAACCAACUUCCGGUAAAAUCUAUACUGCUACUGGAGAAGUCGAUAAGACCACUGGUGAACCACUGUAUGCCACAACACAAGUUGAUCCAGAAUCUGGUGAAGUUUACACUAAAGUUGGUCGGGUUGAUCCCAAGACAGGAAAAAUUGUCAUUGUGCGUAUAUUGCUUAUCUCGAAAACAGAUGAACGAGGCAGACCAGAAGAAAUCGAUCCAGAGACCUGUGAAAUUGAUCCAGUCUCUGGUCGUGUGCUUAAAUUUUUCAAUAAAACUGUUUAUGUUUAUAAUAUGAUAGAUCCAAUAACAGGUGAAAUUAUACAGGUUGACCCGAAUGAUCCACGUUUUGCUGGAGCACGCACGACUGUUACGCAUACUAUGACAUUGAGUGGCGAAAUUGAUCCUGUAACUGGACGUAUCAAGAGCGAGUAUGGUGACAUUGAUCCAAACACUGGCGACAUUGAUCCAGCAACUGCUGUACGCGAUCCUGUCACUGGAAAACUUAUCCUCAAUUAUGCGCAAAUCGAUCCAUCACACUUUGGUAAACAAGCUCAAGUGAGCACGACUACUGAGACCGUUCCAAUCACACGUCAACAAUUCUUUGAUGGUGUUAAGCACAUGGGCAAAAAUGCAUUACGCCGUGAUUCUGAAGCAAGUUCCGAUGAUGAUAUGACACAACAAUACGGCGCUGAAAUUGUCAAGGACUUGGUUUUAGGUAGUCCAAAGCAAGUAGGAGGUACAACGCAAACAACUAAAUUGGGUAAAUAUGUGAGCACACCAACUGUUGUGAAAACAACAACAAAACAGGUGCUAACGAAGAAUGACGAUGGUGUAACACAUAAUGUAGAGGAAGAAGUACGCAAUUUGGGAACAGGCGAAGUGACAUUCUCAACACAGGAACACAAGGCUGACGCUCCUGCAAUUGACCUCAGCGGUGCUUAUGUACAAGCUACAGCAGUUACCACUCGCACAGCCACGACGCAUGAAGAUUUGGGCAAGAAAGCCAAAACCGAGCAGUUGGAAGAGAAAACUGUAGCCACAACUAGAACUCAUGACCCAAACAAACAGGAACAACGGGUUGUCACCCAAGAAGUCAAAACAACGGCCACAGUGACGAGUGGGGAUCAGUUCCAAAGACGUGACAGUAUUUCAUCAACAAGUUCUGGCGAUUCUGGUACACCAAUUGAUGGGCCCUAUGAUGGCUCCAGUGUGUUGCGAAGUUCAACAAGCUAUAAGCAAUCUCCUUUGUAUGAAACCUCCACCACAUCAACUACAACCACUGGACCACGUGUUGAACAAACCCGCGUUGUGCUUGGCGAAGAUAUGCCAGGAUAUUCUGGACAUGGCGAAAUUGUAUCAUCACAAACUGUGAGCAGUAAAACACGAACAGUUGAAACCAUAACCUAUAAAACUGAAAGAGAUGGCAUUGUUGAAACACGCGUGGAACAAAAGAUAACCAUACAAUCCGAUGGUGACCCAAUUGAUCAUGACAAAGCUUUAGCUGAGGCAAUACAGGAGGCAACAGCUAUGAAUCCAGACAUGACAGUGGAGAAAAUUGAAAUACAACAGCAAACACAGUAAAAUAAGCACGCCAAGCACACCUACACGAAUAUACAUAUAUAAAAAAACUCCACACAAAAACAUAUAUACACUUAAACACCACUACAUGUUUUAAAUCUAUUUUUUAAAAAAUAUUUAAUUUUAAUAAUAAUAAAAAACUGUAUUUUUUUUUAAUUUUUUUACCAUAAAAAUUUUUAAGCUUAAGAAAUUUUUUCAACAGAAAUUAUAUAUGAUAUAAAUAUUAUAUGUCUACAAUAACUACAAUUCGAUGUAUUCAAUAUAGAAGCAUAUAUUUCGUUGUUUAAUAAUAUUUAAAUGUGUAAUAAUAUUAAUAAGUAUUUAAAAUCAUAAAUGUACAAUUUUCAAUUAAAUAAAAGAAAUAAGAGCCGAAUAUACAAAAACAAAAACAUAAACAAAAACCUGAAAUUUUUCCAUAUGAGAAUAAAAUAUUUACAAGAAUCCAAAUAUUCUUAAUUAAAUAAUACUGUUUUUUCCAUAUAAUGUUUGUAUGUUCAAUAUUAAAGUUAUAUUAAUGUACGUACGAAAAUCUGUAUUUAAAGUUUAUAUAAUAAAUAUAAAAAGAAA